AUGCUGCUGCUGACGCUGCUGUGCUGCAGGUUCCACCGCGGGGAUUACACGGUGGAGGUGAGCAUCAAUGACUACCUGGACAUUUACUGCCCGCACUACGAGGAGCCGCUGCCCGCCGAGCGCAUGGAGCGCUACGUCCUCUACAUGGUGAACUACGAGGGCCACGCGUCCUGCGACCACCGGCAGAAAGGCUUCAAACGUUGGGAGUGCAACCGCCCCGACUCGCCCAGCGGACCCCUCAAAUUCUCGGAGAAGUUUCAGCUCUUCACUCCCUUCUCGCUGGGCUUCGAGUUUCGCCCCGGCCACGAGUAUUACUACAUCU